AUGUCUGCCGAAGACCUCUCCCCAGGCGCGGACUCGGGCGUCGACCAGCUUGGCGAUAAGCUCGGCGGCAUGGGCAUGGAUGACCAGCCCCGUACCGAGGAGGAAUAUGCGCAGUCGCAGCUCACCCUGCGUGCUAUCGUCACGUCCAAGGAAGCCGGCGUGAUCAUCGGCAAGGCCGGGCAGAAUGUUGCCGACCUUCGUGACAAGACUGGGGUGCGCGCUGGAGUUAGCAAGGUCGUGCCGGGGGUGCAUGACCGCGUCUUGACAGUCACGGGUCACUUGACGGGCAUCUCGGAGGCUUACGGGCUUGUGGCGGAUGGGCUUGUGAAGGGAGCGCCGCAGAUGGGCAUGGGGGGUGUGGUGGCGAGUCCUAACACGCAUCCGAUCCGACUCCUCAUCUCGCACAACCAGAUGGGCACCAUCAUUGGCCGCCAAGGUCAGAAGAUCAAGCAGAUUCAGGAUGCCUCUGGAGUCCGCAUGGUCGCCCAGAAGGAGAUGCUGCCGCAGUCCACCGAGCGCAUUGUGGAGGUCCAAGGCACUCCGGACGGUAUUCAGAAGGCUGUCUGGGAGAUUGGCAAGUGUCUCAUCGAUGACGAGCAGCGUGGCUACGGCACUGUGUUGUACAGCCCGGCUGUCCGCGUUCAAGGCGGCGCUCCCGGCGCUCCACCGCUCAACGGCAAUGCUGGAUAUGGUGCUCCUCGCAGCUUCAAUCGCACUGGCAAUGGCGCCGACUUCACCGGAGCUCCCUCCUACGCACCGCGUCGCAGCAUCGGCGCCGAGUCCGGUCCUCCACCUGUCGUCGAGGAAGGCGAGGACAUUCAGACCCAGAACAUCAGCAUCCCCGCUGAUAUGGUUGGCUGCAUCAUCGGCCGCGGCGGCAGCAAGAUCUCCGAGAUCCGCAAGUCGUCCGGUGCUCGGAUCUCGAUCGCCAAGGCGCCUCAUGAUGAGACUGGCGAGCGCAUGUUCACUAUUACCGGAGGCCCCAGCGCGAACGAGAAGGCUCUGUACCUCCUCUAUGAGAACUUGGAGGCCGAGAAGAUGCGGCGCAGCCAGAUCCCCGAAGCCGCUGCAUAG